AUGAUGAACCUUCGUGAAUCGUGGAGAAUAAUGCGGGCUAUGUUAUUAAUGUAUCUAUUAGUGCUUCUGACGAUUCCGUGUUUCGUUCACAGCUCGCCAACUGACCUUUCUAUUUCUUCUGGAAUAAGCCUGCAGUCUAUUGGAUUACCUAGUCGCAUAAUUAAUGGUACAAAGGCUGCUUUAAAGCAAUUCCCUCAUCAGGUAUCUUUAAUGCGCAGUUGGAACAAAAAACAUUUUUGCGGUGGAAAUUUGAUUAGCGCCUCUCUAGUCUUAACUGCAGGUCACUGCGUGUACGGAAACGUUAUACUACCAUGGACAAUUAUUGUGGUUGGAGGAGUAAUAAAGCUGUACGAAACUUCGAAGCGACAAGAAAAAGGCGUAGAGAAUAUCAGAAUUCAUCCAAAGUUCAAUUUAGAAAAUUUGUAUAAUGACGUUGCCGUUUUGAAAUUAUCGACACCCUUUACGUUUACUCCAGGAGUUCGUAGUAUACCUUUGUCAGGACGCCCACCGGUACCUAAUACUAUUUGCCAAAUAGCUGGUUGGGGUUACACGAUAGUCGGAGUCCCGAGAGUGUCUUCCGAUUUGAUGUACGUUGAUCUACCUAUUCGAAGCAAAAAAGAAUGUCGCAAACUGCUCAAAAACGUAACGGAUCUACCACCGGGAAUGUUUUGUGCCGGUUAUUUAGAGGGUGGAAGGGAUGCUUGCCAAGGUGAUUCUGGAGGCGGAAUGGUCUGCAAUGGUAUUCUGACCGGUAUUGUUUCCGGUGGCCAAGAGUGUGCUGAACCACUAUUACCUGGGGUAUACACAGAUGUUUUUCAUUAUUUGGACUGGAUAUUAAAUGACACAAAUGUAAUGAAAAUCGGAAAUGAAAAUUAUCACGCCGGCGCUGAAAAUUACAACGCGUCAAAGAUGAUCGCGAUACUUUCCUUUCUUUUUUGUACUGUUAUCAAUUACAUCUAGAUCUUGAAGUUGAGACAAACAGAGAAAUUCC